AUGCCAUCAGAUACAUUUCGAAUGUUAAUCUGUGGAAAUAGUGGAAGUGGUAAAACUAAUUUAUUGUAUCAUAUGUUAAUUGAGCCACUAAUUCACUAUGAUGAGAUAUAUCUUUAUGCACGCAAUCUUGAACAGGAGAAGUAUCAAAAUCUGAUACAAAAAAUGAGACAGCUGAGUCAUAAGGUUGGUUAUGACAUUCUUAAUGUUAGUAACGAUAAGGUAAUACCAGUUGAUGAAAUGAAUUAUGAGGACAAUCAAAAAGUAGUAAUAUUUGAUGACUACGUCUGUGAUAAGAAUCAAAGAGAAUUGAUAGACUAUUUUAUUCAAGGGCGACAUAAAAACUGCUCAGUGAUAUACCUUUCCCAGUCGUUUUACAAGACACCAAAAGAUAUUAGAUUAAACUGCUCCCAUUACUGUAUUUAUGAUUUUCCCUCCUCACGAGAGCGAAAUAUGAUUUCGAGUGAACUUGGUGUAUCUAAGGAAAAAUUCAAAGCGGCCACUAGCAAACCGUUUUCAUUUUUGUACGUAGAUAAACCAGAAAAAAGAAUCGCUACAAACUUUUAUGGGGCUUUAUAGAAGCUAGAAACACGACCAAAGGGAGAGAUGAUUGUCUGCUUAUUAAGUAAAUGGGAAUAUUUAACGAGCAAUCUAAUCAUUCAUUUGCCCGAGGAAUUCAAGGCGCUCCAGGAGUUGGAUCUAGUCUAACCGCAGAUGGAAACUAUGAUAUGUUAAAAAGAAAACUAACAAAUCUUGGUGAUGGAACAGACUCAAAUGAUGCUGUUACUCGCAAACAAUUGGACAGCGCUGGCGUUGGUGAUAUAACAGCUGAUAUUAAUUUAAAAAAUUCUUACAAUAUGCAGAACAGCAAAAAGAGAACAUUUAAUCAACUCAAAGCAGAUACUAAAUCAUUAGUUAGUUACGAAGAAGUAAAAGAAAACUUUAUUGGAUUAAACGAAGCAGAAGCAAUGCAGACGUAUUUGGAUAUGGGAGACAACUUCAUUUACAGAGUUAAGACUCCAACUGCAAACGACCAAGCUUCAAAUAAAUCCUAUGUUGAUCAAACAGCAACAAAUACAAUAAACACUGCAGCAUUAAUUCAUGCAACAAAAGCAGAACUUGAUGAUUAUCUCAAAAAAGAUGGGACUACCCCAAUGACUGGAAAUCUAGACAUGAACAACAAUCGAAUAUUUAAUCUGCCAGCUCCAACUGGGCCAAAACAACCAACACCAUUAACUUUUACAGAUUUUAAGUAUCUCCACGUUGCUGGAACAAAUAAAAUGCUUAAUAAUCUAGACAUGGACAACAAAAGUAUAAAUAAUUUAAGACCGCCAACGGCCCCCACAGACCCCGCAACCAAAAAGUAUGUGGAUCUAUUGUGUCGACGUGGUCUAAAUUCACAUUAUUUGGAAAAAGAUGGUACUGUCGCUAUGACUGGAGACUUGAAUCUUAACAGUCAUAAAAUAAAGAAUCUGGGUUGUCCAACCCAAGACAAUGAAGCAGUAACCAAAGAUUAUGUCGACAAACUAGUUCAUCAUACUGCAGUUCAACCAAGUCAUCACAACGACCAGUUUGCUUAUCUUAUGUCAAGUGGGUCUCAAUGGACUGAUGAAAUAGAUACUGGAACUAGUUUUUUUAUAACAAGAAUAGGAGACUUAUCUCCUUCUAAAGGUAAUUUUCAUAACUAUAACCACAAAGUAAUUUUCAUAACAAUAAACAAAAAUUCUCAAGGUGGAUAUAAGUAUAAGAUGGGAAUUAACUUUUACAGGUUAACUGCAAAUGCUGAUUACACGCUGUGUUUGGAAAUACUCAACACUGAUUAUCAGCUGUGGCAUAAGUCUCAAAUAACUGUUGAUAAAGGAACUUCAACAGGAUUAUCAAUUGGAAAUGUUAGUGUAAGGAAACUAUCCCAUAGGUAUCUUGAUUCAAAAAAUCAACCAAAAUUUAUGUAUUAUUACAGAAUAAUAGUUAAUUUCCGGAAGUUGUCAUCUGGUAAUAAGUUCUUUCUUCACAUUGUUAAUAGUAUUCCUCAGGAUGGAACUGAUCUGGCUGUGUAUCCGAGACAGUUUUCAGGGGUUUACAUGAUUACCUAUGGUAUUGUGGGUACAGUUAGUAAUAUCGAUCCAGAUAAAGUUUACGACUAUCACACCGCAUUUGACAUCCACCCAACGCAAGUGGAGUACAAUGUUGACAUCAACGCAAAUAAUAAAAAGAUAUUAAACAUUGCUCUUGAUAGGAAUAGUAACAAUAGUGCUGCAACAGUUGCAAUGGUAAAGGAGUUAAUUCCUUUUACCAAAAAUAUUUUGUACAGAAAAUAUUUUGAAGAAUACUAUGACUUCUCUGAUGCGAAUAUUUACGGAAUAAAUAUAGGCUCAUCUGGGGUUAUUAUUAAUUCUUUAAAGCCUAAUAUUACACUACCACCUAAUAAAGACCUAAGUAAUAUAAAAGAAGAUGGCUUAAAUGUAAAUGGUUAUAAUAUUACUUUUUCUCCUUCACAUUCUUCGAAAUCUACUUUAUGUAUUGUUUUUAAUCAUUGGAGAAAUAGGAAUUUUAGCCUAACUAAAUAUAUAUCAACAAACAAUAACAUUUUAUUAAAAUUAAAUUAUGAUAAAACAAACAAUUCAGUAAAUUUAACUGUCAGAAAAACAACUCAAAGUUUUACAAUGCCAAGUAAUUUUAAUGGUAAAAAGAUUGUUUUAUGGCUAACAGAAAAUUUUGAUACAAAUGUCACAAAAGUUAAAAUAAGUAACUACAGCUCAACAUUAACUAUACCAGCCGUUCAAUACAAUAUUAAUCAACGUUGGAAGUUUACAACUGAAGAUGGAGAGUUAAAUAGGUUAAUGUUUUCUCCAAACUUUUACGACUUUGACCCUGAGCAAUUUCACAAAGUAAUGCUUCAAGAAAAGUUAAGUGGAUCUUAUAUAUUAUAGAUAUAAAUGAAGGAUAUCUUUGAAUUUAAUCACAUUGAUAAAUCUCUGUCAGAAUCAGACGUCGGUUGUCUCAAAGAUUUUUAUAAACAUUGUCACAAAAAAUACUGGUGUUUUAAGCGGUCGUACAAAAGAUAUAAACUUCUUGAUGAAACACUUACGCUGACUGGAGGGGGAUUAGUGGUGAUAGGAACUAUCACCGGAGGAAUAACACUAAAUCCAGUAAUACUCGGUGUAAUAAAUGGCGCUGGCGUUAUUGUGGCAAGUCUUGCAAAAAAGAAGAAUUACAAGAAAAAGAUUGAAAUGUCACAAAUAGCAUUUACAACAUAUGACAAAGUAUUGGUUGAAUUACGUUCAGCUCUGAGGGGUGACUCCUUUAACAAACAAGAGUUUAUUGAUCGCAUGAAGUUGAUAGAUGAAAUGAUAAUUGAUCAAACUCCUUUAGCAGAUAGAUUUGUUAAGAAAUAUAGUAAAAAGUUUAUGUGA